GCCUCUUUCAUUACUCUUUGUGGAUCAUACUGAUGAAGAUGGCAUACUACUCUCAAAUUCUCUCUGUCUGCUUAAUGAUAUUACCUACAGCUUUUUAUGCGAAAACCAACAAGGCUGCAGAUAAGAUCCUUGUGUCAAGUGGUGAUCAUAUCAAUUUAAACUGCUCUAUAGAUACAAAGUUGGAGAAAUACACUGUAUUCUGGGAAUUCCUCAACAUGACCGGAUACAGAAUCACAAAAGAAAUUUAUGCUGACCGUAAUGAAAGAAAUGCUGACACAUCAUAUAACAUUGAUCAGGCCCAAAUAUAUGAUAUUGGGAAGUAUAACUGCACCAUACAUAGGAUAACACCACCACCUAGCAAGAACUUUUCAGCGUCUCUUAUCAAUCUCUCUGUCCAAGCUCCUCCAAACAUGUCUCUAAAUUCUACAAUUGGUGACAAUGAUAAUGUAACUGCCCAGUGUUCCCUUCAUGAAUUCUACCCAAAAGAUGUGAAUGUCUCCUUGAAAACAACUUGUGGAAAUGUCCAAUAUCUGAAUGACCCUCUACUUACAAGAAAUGCAGAUGGAACUUAUAAUGCUAUCCAUGGGUUUUUUGUGAAUAUCUUCAACUGUGUCAGCAUUAUAACAGUGACCUGUGUGGUAGAACAUCAAACUGGCGGGUUAAACAUUUCUGUAAAACUCAUAAAAGCAAGACCAGAUGACGGGCUGCAUUUCACAUGGUACAUAAUUGGCGGAAUUCUGAUAUUACUGCUUCCUCUACCUUACCUUAUCCACCAAAUUGGAAAAGGUCACUGUUCUGCGUGCAGAGCCUGUUACUCAUCAAGACAAAACAUCACCAGCACCAAUGAUGUAGCAGCACAGUCACUGAAUGAGCGAGUUUGUAAGGAUGAGAAUAUAGAUAUUGUCUAUUUAAUGCCAACCUUCAAGAGGACAACUGUAGGGGAAACAAAAAUCUAUGAAAGGGAGACUGAAUAUGCUGCUUUGAGACAUACGAUCACAACACCACCAGGAGCAUACAACUGAAUACUUUUCAAUAUGUUAGAAUGUCUAUAAAUCCAUGAAUAGUCAACAUCUCUAAAUUUAAUCUAAUAAAAAAGUGUCACUAGCCAGUGAAAACAAAUAUAAUUGACUGAACAACACAAUUUUUCAUGAUAAAAAAAAUGUAUACCCACAACAGGCUUAUCUAAGCUAAGUUCAAAGGUUUUGAAAAAUGCUCACCCUAUAUUUAAUAUUGAGCCAAAAUUUAAGGAGUUAACCAGCCUUUUAUAAGUGAUGGCCUAUCCAGUGACAGAGCUACGCUAAACGGCUUCAUCAGCAGGGUGCUGGACCCCCGCUAAUCAGCUAGUGAUGACCUUCCUAAGGAAAGGCCACCAC